CAAAAUUUUGGGGUAUUUUAGCAUUUGGUUGGGGACUUAUUUGAGAAAAAAUAUUGUUUUGGGGCUUAAUUGUAAAAUCUUUAAAAGUUGAGGGACUUAAAAGAAAGGAAUUAGGAUAAGGAUUGACUGCUUUUCCUUUUUCUUUUUCUUUUUCUUUCUUUCUUUCCCUCCCCAUCAGACCCGCGUGCCCUGCUCUUCCUCUCCCCCGACCCUCUACAGCCGACGAACCCCCCAGCCACUGCCACCCAUUUUUCGGCCGGAAAUCCGGCAAAGCUUAGGGAUUUCUCCCUAUUUUCUUGUCUUAGAACACCUGUUGAACCCAGAAAAAUCCCAGAUCUGCGUCUUCCUCCCUCUGCUGUCCGUCGGCUUCAACUUGUGGGUUUGAAAUUUCUGGGCAUUUUUCGCCGCAAGUUCCCCUGCAUAAUUUCUUCUUCUCUGCCGUCGGCUUCUCCCCCCUGCUAGGCUCGGUUUUGCUUGCUAAAUUUUGGUUCCUGAUCGUUCUAUCAGUUAGCAUUGAGAUUGAGUGCUCGGUUUUGUGCGAGUGAGGUAAGUAAAUUAUGGUAAAGCCCUUCGAUUUUAAAGCUUGUUUUAAUUGUUUUUGAGAUGGUGGCAAGGUUCAAAUUGAUUUUAAAUUGAUUUUAUUAACAUCUGAGUGUGAUUAAAUUGAAACGAAAAUUUGGAUGAUUUUCUUGAGAAUUUCCUGGUCUUUCUAGAAAUGAGCAUGACUGAUUGAAAUAAGAUUAUUAAUCUUUUUGUAUUGAUUUGAGCAUGCCUACUUGGACUUUAAGUGAUUGUCCUGAUGAUUUGCAAGCGAUUGGUGAAUUAAGAUUUUUCUGUUAAUUUUUGCCUGUUUUGUCUCCGAUGUGGAUAUGUUAUUGAUGACCCUGCUUUGAUGAUUUGAGAAUUUUUGUAAAUUAUGAUUUUUCGGUUAAACCCAUGCCCACAUGGAAUUUUCUGGUUAUUUCUGAAAUUUGGGAUUUCGAUUGUGAAUUACGGAUUUUGAUUGUGAAUUUCGGUUUUCGAUUUGGGUGUGUAGCAUCCCUGAUCCCUGCUAGUGGGUGUAACGCUAGCACUUCCGAUCCCCGCUAGUGGGUGUGUAGCACUUCUGAUCCCCGCUAGUGGGUGUAACGCUAGCACUUCCGAUCCCCGCUAGUGGGUGUGUAGCAUCCCUGAUCCCCGCUAGUGGGUGUAACGCUAGCACAUGUCGACAUGUUUACUGAUAUGACCGGUUCAUUCUGAUGCUGGCCUCUGGGCGAAUACAUUGGCAAAUUUCUGUCACCUGCCAAUGGGUUGUUGUAACACUGGUCAUGACUUAUAGAUGAGACUACUGAUGAGAUUUAUUUUGCAUGAACGGUUUGUCAUGAAACACUGUUAUUGAACUGAACGGGACUUUGCAUUAACGAUUUGUCAGGAAACGUUUUGUUAUUGAACUGAAUCUGAUUUUGCAUUGACGCUUUUGUCAUUGAACGUUUUGCUAUUGAACCGAAUUUGAUUUCCGCAUUAACGGUUUAUCAGUGAAAGUUUUGUUAUACUUACAUGGUUUAUCUGGCAUGCUAAAAGUUCUACCCAAGGGCUAUCCAUAAUUAUUUACUGAGUUUAUCUCAUAGUUUUCCUUGUCCAUCAUUUCAGGAAGUGAAACUGAGGACGGGGAAACCACGGGAAGUGACGAGUAAGAAGGCUAGCCAUUUCGAGAUUGACAUAGAUUUUAGAAAUAAAUCCUGCUCUUGCAAGCUAGAGUGUAUUUGGAGAUUUUAUGAUAUCAGAGAAAAUUUUAAAGAUUUGAUCUUGAGAUUUUGAGGUUGUCAUGUUUGGACAUAGAAUUAUUUUGAGAUAAUCGGAUUUGAGUUAUUGAAUUGUCAGAUGUGAAUUGGAUAAGUUUCGAGCCUUGUGCAUUUGUGG